CAAGCAGUGCUCCCACCUCAGCCUCCCAAAGUGCUGGGAUUAUAGGCAUGAGCCACCGCAUGAACCCUUUUUCAUUCUGAUUUGGCUGCUGCAGUCUCAGGACAGCUUUGAGCCUCCCAGGUGCAGCCAGGAGGAGAAGCCUCCUCACAUCUCAGAGCUCAGUUACUGGGCUUGAAUGCAACCUCACUGAGCCUGCAGGUGCGGACUUGGAAGGUUUCCAUGGCUGCCUGCAGCAAACUCAGGGGCGAUGACGUUGAUGGACUCCAAUGGCUUCCUGAGUUCCAUCUGAAGGCCUUGCAGUCCCAGGAAUGUGGGUUUAGGGGAGGGGAAUUCCAACUGCAAACCAAGUAACAUGUAUGAAAUGUGGCAUUGGUGCCUGGGGACACAGCGUGGCCUGCGUAAAUUAUGUAACUUGAGAGCCUGCCCUGUUUUGCAGUGUAUUCCAUCUUUGAGCAGUCCCGUGGUCUCAGGGUGUGAAUGCUUGGAGUAGACUUACCUCUGCGAACGUUUCCUUCUCUGCAAAGCGGGGAGAAACGUCUCCAUUUCACCAAAAGCUGGCUGGAGAGGAGGUGGUGUGUACCGCCAGAGAGAACCUGCUGCAGCUCCCGUUCUCCUGAGCAGAUGACGGUGCCGCCUCCCCCAUGCAGGACACAGGACUCCUAGGGCAGCCCGUUUUGGCCGCCAAGGCCACUGUUUUCGUUUGAGUGUCUGGAGGUCAUAGGUUGUGUUUUCACUUGAGGUCAGGAGUUCAAGACCCGCCUGGCCAACAUGGUGAAACCUCGUCUCUACCAAAAAUACAAAAAUUAGCCAGGCUUGGUGGCGGGCGCCUGUUAUCCCGGCUACAUGGGAGGCUGAGACAGGAGAAUCGCUUGAACCUGGGAGGCGGAGGUUGCAGUGGGUCGAGAGCACUCCACUGCACUCCUGCCUGGGCGACAGAGCGAAACUCCGUCUCAAAAAAAUAAUAAUACAGUGCACAACCCAGUGGAUUAGCACACCGGCCAUGUUGGGCGGCCGUCACCACUGUCUGGUUCCGGAGCAUUACCUCAACCCAAAAGGAGACUCAUAUCCUUAAUACCUUACUUAAGCGUGCAGUAUUCUUUUGGUCCUGUUUUUCAUAAAUGUAACCCAAAUUGAGGCCCCGCUCUAAGCCCGGCACCAGGGUAGGCAGAGGGACCCGCAGGUGUCCGGCAGGUCGAGGCCGCCCCGCCAGGGCCCCGCGUCCCGCGACGCGCGCCUCGUGGGAACCGGUGCCGCCCGGCCUGGGCUCCCGGCUCACCUCUCGGGUGUGCGGCAGGGGUGUCCGCACGGGGCCCACGGGAGGGGAAGCAAGAACCUCACUGUCUCGCCGCACCUGGGAAAGGGACCCAAUUAACAAGGACCCCACGGCGCAGCUCUACAACAGCUCCCCGAACCAGCGCCCGAACCGGCGCCCGAACCAGCGCUCCGGCGCGCUCUGCAAGGAAGCAGAGGGCGACUUAGGGCUUGGUCGUUCGCGGGGGUCACAGCUCUCAUGGCUGCAGCUAGCGUGACCCCCCCUGGCUCCUUGGAGUUGCUACAGCCUGGCUUCUCCAAGACCCUCCUGGGGACCAAGCUGGAAGCCAAGUACCUGUGCUCCGCCUGCGGAAACGUCCUGCGCAGGCCCUUCCAGGCACAGUGUGGCCACCGGUACUGCUCCUUCUGCCUGGCCAGCAUCCUCAGCUCUGGGCCUCAGAACUGUGCUGCCUGUGUUCACGAGGGCAUAUAUGAAGAAGGCAUUUCUAUUUUAGAAAGCAGUUCGGCUUUCCCAGAUAAUGCUGCCCGCAGGGAGGUGGAGAGCCUGCCGGCCGUCUGUCCCAUUGAUGGGUGCACCUGGAAGGGGACCCUGAAAGAAUAUGAGAGCUGCCACGAAGGCCGCUGCCCGCUCAUGCUGACCGAAUGUCCUGCAUGCAAAGGCCUGGUCCGCCUGGGUGAAAAGGAGCACCACCUGGAGCACGAGUGCCCAGAGAGAAGCCUGAGCUGCCGGCAUUGCCGGGCGCCCUGCUGCGGGGCAGACGGGAAGGCGCACCACGAGGUCUGCCCCAAGUUCCCCUUGACUUGUGAUGGCUGCGGCAAGAAAAAGAUCCCCCGGGAGAAGUUUCAGGACCACGUCAAGACUUGUGGCAAGUGUCGAGUCCCUUGCAGAUUCCACGCCAUCGGCUGCCUCGAGACGGUGGAGGGUGAGAAACAGCAAGAGCACGAGGCACAGUGGCUGCGGGAGCACCUGGCCAUGCUCCUGAGCUCGGUGCUGGAGGCAAAGCCUCUCUUGGGAGACCAGAGCCAUGCGGGGUCAGAGCUGCUACAGAGGUGUGAGAACCUGGAGAAGAAGACGGCCACUUUUGAGAACAUUGUCUGCGUCCUAAACCGGGAGGUGGAGAGGGUGGCCAUGACUGCCGAGGCCUGCAGCCGGCAGCACCGGCUGGACCAAGACAAGAUUGAAGCCCUGAGUAACAAGGUGCAGCAGCUGGAGAGGAGCAUUGGCCUCAAGGACCUGGCGAUGGCUGACCUGGAGCAGAAGGUCUUGGAGAUGGAGGCAUCCACCUACGAUGGGGUCUUCAUCUGGAAGAUCUCAGACUUCGCCAGGAAGCGCCAGGAAGCUGUAGCCGGCCGCACACCUGCCAUCUUCUCCCCAGCCUUCUACACCAGCAGGUACGGCUACAAGAUGUGUCUGCGUAUCUACCUGAACGGCGACGGCACCGGGCGAGGAACACACCUGUCCCUCUUCUUUGUGGUGAUGAAGGGCCCGAAUGACGCCCUGCUGCGGUGGCCCUUCAACCAGAAGGUGACCUUAAUGCUGCUCGACCAGAAUAACCGGGAGCACGUGAUUGAUGCCUUCAGGCCCGACGUGACCUCGUCCUCUUUUCAGAGGCCAGUCAAUGACAUGAACAUCGCAAGUGGCUGCCCCCUCUUCUGCCCUGUCUCCAAGAUGGAGGCCAAGAAUUCCUACGUGCGGGACGAUGCCAUCUUCAUCAAGGCCAUUGUGGACCUGACAGGGCUCUAACUGCCCCCGACUGGUGUCUGGGGGUUGGGGGCAGCCAGGCACAGCCGGCUCACUGAGGGGCCACCACACUGGGCCAGGGCCUCACUGUACAAGUGGGCAGGGGCCGUGCUUGGGCACUUGGGAGGGUGUCGGCCUGCAGCCAAGUUCACUGUAAUGGGGGAAGGAGCCACCAGCCAGUCCUCAGAUUUCAGAGACUGUGUGGAGGGGCCUGGGAGACGGGCUUAGCCCAGGGCUGUGGUGGGAUUGGCUGAGGGUUUUCAGGUGCUUCCCAGCACAAGCUGCCCUUGCUGUCCUGUGCAGUGAAGGGAGAGGCCCUGGGUGGGAACACUCGGUGUGGGAGCACAUCCCAGCAGUGCCCAUGUAGCAGGAGCACAGUGGAUGACCUUGUGUCCCUCGGGCAUGACAGAAAGGAGGAGGGCUGCUCCAGGAGAAGGGCCUCCUGCGGGCCAGAGUGAGGAGGGCCGAGCAGCUUGGUUCUCCCCUCUGGCCCCUGGAGAGAGGGAGUGUUCUUAGACCCCUGGGUGCUUGUCUGCACAGAGCUCUGGUCUGUGCCACCUUGGCCAGGCUGGCUGUGGGAGAGGGUCUGGUCCCACGCUGCCUCUGCUCAGACCACUGUGUGGGGGGUGCACAGCACAGCCUGCGGGUGGAAUGUGAGAGCUCAUCAUCCAGCUCACGAGACAGUUAUUAAACCAUUCACAUCUCUGUGGUCA